CUCUCAGGUUGGCCCAGAGGCUGGACAGGAAGGCUGGUCGGGCCUGGGUUUGAGCUGCCCUGCAUUCCCUGGGGCCGAGGGUGAGCAUGGGAAACAAGAGAGUCUGCGGGUCACACAGCAGGAGCAUGCUGGGCCUGGAACCAGGAGUAGAGCCCGAGAGAAGCCUCCAGGAGGAGGACUCUGCUGGCAGCACAGUGGUGGGCGGCACCAGCGCGGGCAGGUUUCCAGGAGUGGAAGCCCAGGUGGCCAGCACCGAGCCUGCCCACCCGUGACUCACUGCCCUGCCUCGGCCGGGGUGUUUUCCUGGUUUCCCACAGAACAUCCAAUUCCUGAACAUCUGCCGUGUGCUUCUCCCCGCUGUCCUGCCUCUGGGGCCUGGGCUUUGUGGAGGUGGGCAGAGAAGGCGCUGGGCCAGACCCAUCCCCCACCUGUCCAAGCAGCACAGCGCACCUCGUCAGGGGCAUGUGGGGAGCUGAGCCGUUUGGCACGGGGGUGAGGCCGGGAUGCCGGUGUGAAGACUGAGCAGCGAGGCCGGUACCGGGCACACCGAUGUUUCCGGGACCAGGCAGAGAGAGCCGGAGGAGGCCAAGCUGGCCCCGCAGGAUGGACGUGUCCUGGUGCCAGCCUUCCCCCGACCCCUGGUGACUGGCCACACGGCAGGACUGGUCCCUGGGCGUGGGCAGGCGUGUCACUGGCCUGACUCCACGGGGCUCAGGCUCCCGGCCCUGCCCCAUGACUGGCCCGCACAGGAAGAUGACCCCACCUGGGCCAGUCACCAAAAACCCAUCUGACCAGCUCAGGAGGCGGGGGCCUGCCGGGAUGGCAGGAGUAAGGAGGGGACCCUCUGGGCCUGGCUUCCUCUAGCGGGACAGAGAGGGUUCUGGGGUCCUGACCUCAACCCACCCUUCCCAACACACCCCAUUCUGCUAUGUCACUGGGCUGGCCCCAGAGCUUUGGCCAGGCAGAGGCCAGGGGGAGGUGGCCUCUGAGGAGGGCAUCUGGAGCUGCCCGCGGUGCCCUGCACCUCAGAGAGUUUCUGGGUGGUCUCUGUAUGAGUGGGGAUCUCUACUCCUGUGCUGGAGGGCCUCCUUGCAGCCUUACGGGGCUGGCUUGUGAUGGGAACGUGACAGGCCUAGCCCAGACAGGGACAGAGGCAAUGGGACAAAUCAACAUGGACACGCACACCGUGCCUGUCCCUGAGCCACAGAGCAGAAGGACCCCUCAGAGCUCUGAGCUGGUGGGGGUCCUGGCAGGCUUCCUGGAGGAGGUGACGCUUGAACUAAGAGCUGAAGAACAGGCAUCACCCAGGUCAAAGCCAAAAAGCUUUCCCAUCGUGAGGUGGGGGUGGAGUAUGAGUGCGGGUGGGGUGGGCACAGGUCUGGGUGGACGAAGCGGGAAGAUGGGCAAAGUUGAGUGGCAAAGCCAGGCCUGGGUGAGGGGUUAGUGGAGCUGGGUCUGCGCACGAAGGGGGCGGGGCAGGCAGAGUGGGGGGGGCCCUUAUCUCCUGAUGAGUUGGUGGUGCCGGUGGAUCCAGUUGCAAGCUCUUUGUGGCUGAAAGGGGAGCCCACGCCUGCCCACAGCCACCACCUGCCUCCCUGCUGACUGGUCCGUGGUAGGCCAGUAACGCGAGCCCCAAGGAGGGAGCCGCAGGGCGCCCUGGGUCCCCCCUACGCCCAGCCACCCUCUGGCUGGACAUAGCCAUCCAGCAGAGCGGAUGCAGGAUGCUGCCGCCAGAGGGUCCCCGGGCCUCCGAAGAGGGCACAGCCGCUGGGCCCCAGCGAGGUGACUGCGUCAUCUGCUACUCAGCCUAUGACCUCACUGGGCACCUACCCCGCCGCCUCUACUGUGGUCACACCUUCUGCCAGGCGUGCGUGCGGCGGCUGGACACGCCAGCCCACGAGCAGCGCUGGAUCCCCUGCCCGCAGUGCCGCCAGAGCACACCCACGCCCCGUGGAGGGGUGGCCAUGCUGGACCUCGACCUGGCUGCCUUCCUGGCCGUCAGGGCCGAGCGGGAGCCGCCUCGCACAGAACCCCAGCCCCCCACGCCCCUCAAAGGCAGCACCGCCAUCACUCAGCAGCCGGCCAGGCUUUGGCCUGCCUUGGGCCCCCAGCCCCACUUCCCCCAGCCCAGAUGCUGCUUCUGGGGCUGCAGCGGCCUCUGCUGGGACCCCCCAGGCAGCCCCGAGGCCUGAGCUCCGGCCGGUCUGCAGCACGC